UUUAUAUUGGCAUUCUGUUUUUAAUUAAUUGGCUUUAGUGAAAAUCCACGUUUCAGUUUUUUACUCCGGUAGAUCCAGAGAAAUGACGCUUUUAGUCUGAAGAAAGAAAACCCCGACUGGAAAUCUUCUACAGACACAACAUGAUGGCAAGUUCCUCAUAUGGAGAGAAAUGAUUAAGCCACUGAACUUGACAUUAAGAACAGGCUAGCCGUCUACUUGAUCGGGUGGGUCGGGAGCGGGUUAAAGUGAGCUACAGGCAGCACUCGACUGCAGUUGGACCGCCGAGAACACUGACGUGUUUGUGAUAUUAUUGGACUAGAAAUUACAGUGUGGUAACAACUAGCCAUAGGCUAACAUUAUGGUGAAUAACGGAAAGCCAGUAGGACUCUACUCGGGACAUAUGUAAGAUUCAACGCGGCUAUUAUCUGAAUGGUACUUGGCUAUAAAAUAUUUCCCCGUGGGCAGUUGUGCGGUUUAAAGGCUCAGCUUCAAAUGGGACGGGCGAGCCUUGAGGAUGGGGCUGACUAUUGUGACGGGGGUACGUGUUUGUUUCGCCCUUUAGCCCGAUGAAUUAGCCUUUCCUAGCACAGCUAUGUAUCAGAGGUGGAAAGUGUGUUUUUCCACAUCAGGCAGGAGAUGCUGGACGCAUACACGUCAGCACCUCCCCAGACAACGGUAGCAUUCAUACAUUAACACGGUUCACCGCAGAGCUAAACUCUCCCUACGGGAACGUCAAGCAGCAAUGGCUGUGAAAUCAAGGAGACCGUGGAGCACCGUGAUUGUCGGCGUCUUUCUGGGCUUCACCGCGUCCUCUUGGCUAUUCGUACCUCAGGUUCUGGAAAGUAAAAGGAAAAAAUCUCCCGUGUGUUUGUACAACAGUGACGCCUCCGUCGGUAAAGGUCCUGCCAUCCUCGGGAACACCGCGGGUUCCAAAGACCGGGACAGCCCGCUGUUCAGCCAGGAGGACGGGGUAUUCAGUACGGGGAACAGUAGCGGAGAUACCGGGGCACCCAUAAGCAGACCAACGCAUUUCCUCUAUGUCGGCGUGAUGACAGCGAAGAAAUAUGUGCGGUCUCGCGCCGUGGCUGCGUACCAGACCUGGGCGAGCUCCAUACCCGGGAAGGUGGAGUUCUUCUCGAGCGCGGGGACUGGCACCGUCCUGGUACCCGUCCCCGUCCCGGUGGUGUCCCUGGCAGGUGUGGACGACUCGUACCCGCCACAGAAGAAGUCCUUCAUGAUGCUCAAGUACAUCCACGACCACUACCUGGACAAGUACGAGUGGUUCAUGCGGGCAGAUGAUGAUGUUUAUAUAAGAGGUGAGAAGCUGGAGUUGUUCCUGCGCUCGCUGAAUAGCAGCAAGCCUCUUUACCUGGGCCAGACAGGCCUGGGCAUGGCCGAGGAGCUGGGCAGGCUGGCCCUGGAGCCCGGAGAGAACUUCUGCAUGGGAGGCCCGGGGAUGAUUUUCAGUAGAGAGGUUCUACGCAGGAUGGUCCCUCACAUCAACACCUGUCUGAGGGAGAUGUACACCACCCACGAGGAUGUGGAAGUGGGCCGCUGUGUGCGACGCUUUGGAGGAACACAGUGUGUGUGGUCGUAUGAGAUGCAGCAGCUCUUCUACGAGAACUAUGAACACAACAAGAAGGGUUUCAUUGAAGAACUUCACAGCAGCAAGAUCCACAACGCCAUUACGCUUCACCCCAACAAAAAGCCUACCUACCAGUACCGGCUUCACAGCUUCAUGCUGAGCCGCGAGAUCUCCAGGCUCUGUUACCGCAGUAUCCUGCUCCACCGCCAAGGCCUGAUGAUGAGUUCCCUCAGCGAUACAGAGGUACAGUGGGAGGACCAACAGCUGGGCUCCCCACCUUCCUACAUGCGCUAUAAGCCCAAUGAGAGACAUGAUGUCAUUGAAUGGGAUUUCCUGACUGGCCGCCAUGUUUAUUCUGCUGCUGAGAACAAGAUUGCCCGGCAAAGCCUUGGGAACUCGCUUCGGACCGCACUAGAAGGCAUUAUACUCCAGGUCAUGGAAAUGAUUAACGAGAAUUCGAAAACGCGUGGCCGUGUCAUUGACUUUAAAGAGAUCCAGUAUGGCUAUUACAGGGUGGAUCCAAUGCAUGGCGCGGAAUACAUCAUAGACUUACUGCUUCUGUACAAGAAACAUAAGGGACGCAAAAUAACAGUGCCUGUGAGGCGCCACGCUUACCUUCAGCAGUCCUUUAGCCGACCCUUCUUUAGUGAAACCGACGAGUUAGAUGUGGCUGAGCUCGUGGCUGCCAUCAACUCUGAAUCCCAAUCCCUGUCUUUCCUGUCCAACUCUCUGAAGUUCUUGUCACCUUUCCAGGUCCACGAAUCAAACAGGGACAUGUGGGAGCAAAGCCAGAGGAAGGUCAACAUCCUUGUUCCAUUAUCUGGUCGCUAUGACACCUUUGUCCGCUUCAUGGAGAACUUUGAGAAAGUGUGUUUGAUACCCAAACAAAACGUUAAGCUCUCCAUUGUUCUGGUGGACAAUGAGAGCAGUCAGAUCAGAGGAAGACACAUCCAGUUAGUCAAAGACUUCUACAGGAAGUAUCCCAAAGCUGACCUGUCCAUAAUCCCCAUGACGGGCAACUUUUCCCGAGGACUGGCUCUUGAACUGGGCUCCUCACAACUUCGUAAUGACUCUCUACUCUUCUUCUGCGAUGUCGAUCUUAUCUUUAGUGGUGAUGCCUUGCAACGCUGCAGAGACAAUGCUGUCCAAGGGAGACAAGCCUAUUUCCCUGUUGUCUUUAGUCAGUACAACCCCAAGAUAGUGUAUUCGGAGAAGGCCCCGAGAGAAAACAAGUUUGUGCUGACCAAGAAAAGUGGUUUCUGGCGAGAUUAUGGAUUUGGAAUCGCCUGUGUUUUCAAGAGUGAUUUACUCAAAGCUGGAGGUUUUGACACCUCGAUCUUGGGCUGGGGACUGGAAGAUGUGGACCUGUUCACAAAAGUGAUUAAUUCAGGUUUAAAAGUGUUACGCAGCCAAGAACCAGGGAUUGUCCACAUUUAUCAUCCCGUCCACUGCAACACAAGUCUGGAGCAGAAGCAACACAAGAUGUGCCUUGGCUCAAGAGCAAGUACGUUUGCAUCGACAAUGCAGUUAGCAGAGCUGUGGCUGGAGAAACACAUAGAGACAGGGUAUAACAGAACUUCAUCCUGACCUCCCAGCCCUCCUGGACUCCUCCAUACAAGUUGACCUCAGUUCUGCUUGAAUGCAUACAGCGAUGUGCUGUGUGGUGGUUUGUAGUGUGACUGUCGAUCAGAGGUCUUUGUAGGCUGGAAGAUUUGACCCAGAAAGGAUGCGGGACUCCAAAACGGAGAUGGAUAUAACCAAUUAAGACCACACACGACUCCGUUCCAAACUGACCUGACAGCAGGUGGACCAUGCUCAAUGGGCUCCAGAGGAAAUAGUCCACAAACAGAACCGAGUUUAGGCUUGCUGCACCCAAUUUGUUGAAAGCCAGUGUAGAAACAACAAGAGGCUGCUACCUUAUCCAGUUCCUUAGCAGCUGGGAAACCACUGACUGAAUACAAAUUGGCUGUUAAAUGGUACAUUGCACAUGUACAGUUCACUUCAGCAUUAGCGAUUUUUGAUUUAUUUUUUACUGUGCCAAUGAUGCAAAUAUAGAGCUUUAGGACUUUUAUUGCAGUUCCUUAGGGUUUGGGUCAGGGGUAACUAACUCUCUUAACAUUUUUAUUACAUGUAUAAAUGAAGGCUGGUUUGGGCUGUCCCAAGGUUGGGAUUCUUUUUUUACAUGACCCAAAGAACAUACAUGACGGGUGAUAAAGAAUAAAAAAAAAA